CCCUCCGACUCUCCGCCCCUUUAGAGGCGUUUCGGAGCUCGAACAGUAAUGACCGAGUAUCGGCGCCGGAGGAAGAACAGCGCCUUGUCUUCUCUGUCCUAGCAGGUGAACAGAUAAGAGGAGCCAUCAUGGGGGAUGACAGCGAGUGGAUGAAGUUGCCUGUUGACCAAAAGUGUGAACACAAGGUAUGGAAGGCCAGACUGAACGGAUACGAGGAGGCACAAAAGCUGUUCCAGCGCAUCACGGACGAGAAGAGCCCCGAGUGGGCCAAGUACCUGGGACUUAUCAAAAAGUUUGUCACAGACUCCAAUGCCGUAGCCCAGCUGAAAGGCCUGGAAGCAGCACUUGUGUUUAUCGAGAAUGCGCACGUGGCUGGCAAGACAGCGGGGGAGGUGGUGGCUGGCGUGGUGAGUAAAGUGUUCAAUCAGCCCAAGGCCCGUGCCAAAGAGCUGGGGACGGACAUCUGCCUGAUGUACGUUGAGAUCGAGAAGGUGGAGAUCGUCCAGGACGAGCUGAUCAAAGGCCUAGACAACAAGAACCCCAAAAUUGUAGUGGCCUGCAUCGAAACCCUCAGGAAAGCGCUCAGUGAAUUUGGUUCCAAGAUCAUAACCCUGAAGCCGGUAGUCAAAGUCUUGCCAAAGCUGUUCGAGUCUCGCGAGAAGGCCGUGCGAGAUGACGCUAAACUGUUAGCCGUGGAGAUCUACAAGUGGAUUCGUGAUGCGUUGAGGGCUCCUUUGCAGAACAUCAACUCCGUGCAGCUCAAAGAGCUGGAGGAGGAGUGGUCGAAGCUGCCGGCUGCUGUGGCAAAACAGACUCGCUUCCUGCGCUCCCAACAGGACCUGAAGGCCAAGUUCCAGCAGCAGCAGGUUGCCGGGGGAGAUGAAGCUGACGGUGAUGAGGACGAGGCAGCUGAAACCCACAUGGACCCCUAUGAGCUCCUGGAAGCUGUUGAGAUUCUGUCCAAAAUUCCUAAAGAUUUCUAUGAGAAAAUUGAGGCAAAGAAGUGGCAGGAGAGAAAGGAGGCACUGGAAGCUGUGGAAGCCCUCAGCAAAAACCCCAAACUGGAGGCCGGAGACUACGGAGAUCUGGUCCGCGCGCUGAAAAAGGUUGUGGGCAAAGAUGCCAACGUGAUGCUGGUGACCCUGGCGGCCAAAUGCCUAGCAGGACUGGCAGCAGGACUCCGAAAGAAAUUUGGGCCGUAUGCAGGCCAGGUGGUGCCAACCAUUCUGGAGAAGUUCAAGGAGAAGAAACCUCAGGUGGUGCAGGCACUGCAGGAGGCUAUCGACGCCGUCUUCCUCACGACCACACUUCAGAACAUCAGCGAGGACUUGCUGGCCGUGAUGGACAACAAGAACCCCUCCAUUAAGCAGCAGGCAUCUCUGUUCCUGGCCCGAAGUUUUCGUCACUGCACUCCCGCCACGCUGCCAAAGAGCGUCCUGAAGGCUCUCUGCUCCGCCUUCAUCAAGCAAGUGAAUGACUCCGCCCCGGAGGUGCGGGACGCCGCUUUUGAGGCCCUGGGCACGGCCAUGAAGGCGGUGGGGGAGAGGGCUGUUAACCCCUUCCUGGCUGAUCUGGACAAAUUAAAACUGGAAAAGAUCAAGGAAUGUGCGGAUAAGGUGGAGCUCGUCGGUGGGAAGAAAGGUGGAGGUGGUGGUGGAGGAGGGGGCGGGGGAGGGGAGAGGAGGGAGAAACCCCCUGCGGCAAAAGCGCCUCCUGUGGAGGAGGCUGCAGCCAGACCCGCAGGCCCUCCCAAAAAAGCUGCAGCAGCCAGAGCUGCAGGUCCUCCCAAAAAAGGCAAAGCUGUUGUUCCCAGUGCCAAGACCAAGAAAGGCUCAGAAACGAAGGAAGCAGUCGAAACGGAGCUGUCGCUGGAGGUGUGUGAGGAGAGGUCUGCCGCCGUUCUUCCUGCCUCCUGCAUGCAGCUGCUGGACAGCACCAACUGGAAAGAGAGACUGGCGAGUAUGGAGGAGUUUCAGAGGGCUGUUGAACAGAUGGACAGGAGUGAGAUUCCUUGCCAGGCUCUGGUCAGGAUGCUGGCUAAGAAACCCGGCUGGAAAGAGACCAAUUUCCAGGUCAUGCAGAUGAAGCUGCACAUCGUGGGCCUGAUCGCAGCGAAGGGCUGCUUCUCCACCACCUCCGCCCUCGUGGUGCUGGACGGUCUUGUGGACAAGAUUGGCGACGUGAAGUGUGGCAGCAGCGCCAAGGAGGCCCUGACCGCCAUCGGGGAGGCGCGUUCCCUGCCCUGGACCGCAGAGCAGGUGGUGUCUUUGGCCUUUGCACAGAAGAACCCCAAAAACCAAGCGGAGACGCUGAACUGGCUGGCCAACGCCAUUAAGGAGUUUGGCUUUACAGGGAUUAACGUUAAGGCAUUCAUCAACAACGUCAAGACCGCGCUGGGCGCCACCAACCCCGCGGUGCGGACGGCGGCCGUCACCCUGCUGGGCGUGAUGUACCUGUACAUGGGCCCUCCCCUCCGCAUGUUCUUCGAGGACGAAAAGCCGGCGCUGCUCUCGCAGAUAGACGUGGAGUUUGAGAAGACCCAGGGCCAGACUCCUCCUGCUCCUGUACGUGGCCUAACAAAAAAGGGGGCGGAGGACGAAGGGGAGGGGCCUGACGACGACGAGGUAGACGGAGGAGCAGGUGACAUCAUGGACUUGCUGCCCAGAGUUGAUAUCGGGGAUAAGCUGACGUCGGAGAUGGUGGCGAAGAUCAGUGAUAAGAACUGGAAGAUCCGCAAGGAGGGGCUGGAUGAGGUCACAGCGGCCAUCUCCGAGGCCAAGUUCAUCCAGGCCAACCUCGGGGAGCUGCCCCUGGCCCUGAAGGGACGUCUCACUGACUCCAACAAGCUGCUGGUGCAACAGGCCCUGUCUAUCCUGCAGCAGAUUGCCACAGCCAUGGGUCCGGCCCUUAAGCAGCACGUCAAGAACUUGGGCUUCCCCAUCAUCACCGUACUGGGAGACAGCAAGCCCAACGUCCGAACUGCCGCCAUGACGACGCUGAACGUGUGGGUGGAGCAGACCGGCCUGAAGGAGUGGCUAGAGGGAGAGGACCUAUCAGAAGAGCUGAAACGAGAGAACCCCUUCCUCAGACAGGAGGUGCUGAGCUGGCUGUCGGAAAGGCUGCCGUCUCUGCGCUCUGUCCCUGCAGACCUGGGCCUGUGUGUCCCUCACCUGUACACCUGUUUGGAGGACCGCAGUGGGGAUGUGCGGAAGAAGGCCCAGGACGCUUUGCCCACCUUCAUGAUGCACCUGGGCUUCGACAAGAUGAACAAAGCGACCACUAAACUCAAGCCAUCCUCCAGGGACCAGGUUGUGGCCAUGUUGGAGAAGGCGAGGACAGUGAUGCCCGCGAAACCUGCUGCACCUGCGAAAGCUGCUCCAUCCAAACCCGCUCCGAGCGGCCCUGCCGCCAAGCCUGCAGCAGCUCCAGCUAAAAGUCAGCCCGCAGUGGACGACUACAGCGUGCCCGAACCCAAACCGGACACCAAGAAGGCCAAGUCCACAGCGCCUGCAGCUAAAAGGGGAGUGUUGGGGAAGAAAGCUCCAGCCAAGCCCAGCGCUAAAGACGAGGAUGACAAGUCCGGCCCCCUCUUCAUCCUCAUGCCCGGUAGCAAGGAGCAGAGGAUGAAGGAGGAGAAGGCACUGAAGAUUUUGAAGUGGAACUUCAUCACCCCACGUGACGAAUAUGUGGAGCAGCUGAAGAACCAGAUGGCACCCUGCCUGGCCAAGUGGCUGCAGGACGAACUCUACCACUACGACUUCCAGCACCAUGUGAAGGCCAUCAGCGCUAUGAUCGAGCACUUGGAGGCAGAGGCGGAGGCCGUGAUUGGAUGUCUGGACCUGAUCCUGAAGUGGUUCACGCUGCGGUUCUUCGACACCAACACCAGCGUGCUGAUGAAGGCCAUGGAGUUCCUCAAACUGCUCUUCACCAUGCUGAGCAGAGAGGACUACCACCUCAGCGAGUAUGAGGCAUCGUCCUUCAUCCCCUACCUCAUCCUCAAGGUCGGGGAGUCCAAAGACGUGGUACGUAAGGACGUGCGUGCCAUUCUGGCCAUGCUGUGCAACGUCUACUCUGCCUGCAAGAUGUUCCCCUUCCUCAUGGAGGGCACCAAGUCCAAGAACGCCAAACAGCGAUCAGAAUGUCUUGAAGAACUGGGCAGCCUGAUUGAGAAUUACGGCAUGAACGUGUGUCAGCCCACACCUGCCAAGGCUCUGAAAGACAUCGCGGUUCACAUUGGCGAUCGCGACACCACCGUGCGCAACGCCGCACUCAACACGGUCGUGGCGGCGUACAAUGUCUGCGGUGACCAGAUCUUCAAACUCGUCGGCAACCUUUCAGAGAAGGACCUGAGCAUGCUGGAGGAGAGAAUCAAGCGCUCAGCUAAGAAGACGCCCGCCGUCUCCACCAAACAGGAGAGAGCGCCGCGGGAGCACCCAGCCAAUUCCAACGCCACCUUCCUCCGGAAGCCCGCCCAGGAGGAGGGGCCCAAUAAACUCAAAAUAAUGUAUCGCACGUAUAGGAUUCAAGCCCGGUCGCAGAACUCGGAGCACACAGCCCCCGCCAUCCCAAAAGAAUUCCAGCUGGACCUGGACAUGAUCGAGAACGACCACACGCGGGUCAGCGAGUUCCCUGACCUCGUGCAGCACAAACUGGAGGAGCUGCUGGAACCCGUUAUGAUCCCAGAACCGAAGAUUCGAUCAGUGUCUCCUCACUUUGAUGACCUCCACAACAGCACAGCUUCCACCAUCAACUUUGUCAUCUCCCAGGUUGCCAGUGGCGACAUCAACACCAGCAUCCAGGCAUUGGCACAGAUUGACGAGGUGCUGAGGCAGGAGGACAAGGCAGAGGCCAUGUCAGGUCACAUCGACCAGUUCCUCAUCGCAACCUUCAUGCAGUUGCGCCUCAUCUACAACACGCACAUGGCUGACGACCGCCUGGACAAGAAGGACAUCUUCAAGCUCUACAGCUGCAUCAUCGGAAACAUGCUCUCGUUGUUCUCCACUGAGAGUCUGGCACGUGAGGCGUCCAUGGGUGUGCUGAAGGAUCUGAUGCACGGUCUGAUCACGCUGAUGUUAGACUCGCGGGUCGAGGACAUUGAAGACGGCCAGCAGCUCAUCCGCUCCGUCAACCUACUGGUGGUGCGCGUGCUGGAGAAGUCUGACCAGACCAACAUCCUGAGUGCUCUGCUGGUCCUCCUGCAGGACAGUCUGAUCACCACUGCGGGAUCACCCAUGUUCUCGGAGCUGGUCAUGAAGUGUCUGUGGCGGAUGAUCCGUUUCCUGCCUGAGACCAUCAAUAGUAUUAACCUGGAUCGAAUCCUUCUGGACGUUCACAACUUCAUGAAGGUUUUCCCUAAGGAGAAGCUGAAACAACUGAAGAGUGAUGUACCCCACCGCACGCUGAAGACGCUACUGCACACACUCUGCAAGCUCACCGGAGCCAAGAUACUGGACCACCUGUCCAUGAUCGAGAACCGGAAUGAAUCAGAGCUGGAGGCACACCUGAGGCGAGUGGUGAAGCAUUCUGGGAACCUCUCCGGCUUCAAGUCCGACCAGAACACGGAGAAGGGAGCGUUACGAUCAGACGACAAGGUGAUCAAAGCGAAAGUGAGCGACAUCCUCUCAGAGAUCUUCAAAAAGAUCGGCUCGAAGGAGAACACUAAAGAGGGCCUGACGGAGUUGUAUGAAUACAAGCAGAAGUAUUCCGAUGCAGAUCUGGAGCCUUUUCUGAAGAAUACCUCUCAGUUUUUCCAGAGUUAUGUGGAGCGCGGCCUGCGUAUGAUUGAAUCAGAGCGGGAGGGCAAGAGCCGCCUCCAGACCUCUGCAGUGUGCUGUGUCCCUGCAGUGACCCCUCAGCACAGCACGGAGUCGUCCUACACACCCUCCCUCAGCUCCACGCUGGUCAGCAACAACGGGGAGGAGCUGAAACCGGCCGUGUACUACGAGAGACUGAAGAUCCUCCGCCAGCGCCACGGACUGGAGAACGCCAAGCAACAGCAGCAGCAGCAGGCGGUGGACGACGAGCGCUCCCCAGUCUCCUCCCCUCUCUCCUCACUGCUGCACAAGCCCCCGCUCACCUCCUCCACGGACAUGCUCCACAGCAAGCUCUCGCAGCUGAAGGAGUCACGCGAGUCGCACUUCCAGCAGGAGCAGUCGCGCUCCCGCAGCCCCGGCCGCGCCUCCUCACCCGCGGCCAACCUUGACGACCUCAAAAAGAGGCUCGAGCGCAUCAAGAGCAACCGCCAAUAGGAACAAACCCCGCCCCCCUCCCCCAAAACUCCACCCCUUCCCCUGCGUCUAGUGACCUACAGCUGACUAGUCUAACUCCCACGACGUCAUGCUUGUGUUUCACACUUCCUGCACUCAGCCCAAAUGUUUUUCAGGUCAAACUUAUGUAUAGUUUAAAAUAUUAAGAUAGGAAGGUGGGGAGAAAAAAAAUAAAUAACCAAAACAAAAAAACCCCACAAAGCAAAUUAAAUUCACCGGUUUGUCCCAUUGUAUAAUAUGAUGUGAACUACAUUUUUGUUUGUUUAGUAUUGUGCACCAUUGUUGUUUACUUUUGUAUAUACUCCUGCUAACCACUCCAUGCUUUACGUGUCAUGAGGUUUGCAGUGGGCGGCUCCCUGGUGCAGAGCGCAGUAGUGUGUGGAACUGGAGCUAGGCAGCUGGGCUUGGAUCGCUUUGGUCUCAUUUCAGUAGACGUUUUAAGGAAAUGUCUGUCUCCGGAUCUCUCGAUACAAUGUUUUCCAUCUUUGUUUUCCCAUUCCUUGAGCAGCUUGUAAAACUUGAAGGAUUAAUUUUGUUCUUUAAAAAGUUGAGGAGCAUGGCAUGAAGUACUCAAUGGUUUCUUUUUGUAAAUAGUUUGCAUUACUAAACUGUUUAACAGUCUUUCUUUUUUUGGUUUAAUAAGCCGACGUCUUGCACUUGUUAGAAGAAUGCUGGCGAUUGAGGCAUCGUUUUGUAUUUCGUUCCAGUAGUGUUGAACUGUUGCUAUUGAGUUUGAGUGUAUAAUCUAGUGAAAAUGGCAAUAAAGAUUUUUUUUUUAAUAUAAUUUAACAAACUA